AUCGGCAAACUCGCGUCGAAGCUGGCUUCACUGUCAAUUCGAGAGCCGCGAAGAGUACGCUCGCGUCUAUUACGUGGUGUGUUUAUAGUGAAGUGGAUUUUGUGAUGAGAUUAUCGAAUGUCGUGAAGUGAAAGAUAGUGUUGUUUUAUCAAAAAGUGCAACUCGUGGGCUGUACAAUGUUUAUGGUUAAUUUAUAGUGAUUUAAUCAAAAUGUGUGAAUCACAAUUGUGUGCAAAAUUGAUUUAUGCCACGUAGUGACGCGAACGGGUAAUGAUUCCUAAUGUGGAGUUCGAAGCAAGAUGGUUAGAGAGACUCGGCACCUGUGGGUUGGAAAUUUACCCGAUAACAUUCGAGAAGACCGAAUAAGGGAGCACUUCAAACGCUAUGGCCGAGUCCAGAAUAUCAAAUUAUUGGGUCGGGCUGACAACAUUACCGCUGGCGUCAAUGCCGGAGGUGCCAGUGGCAUAUGUGCAACGGUUGCCUUUAUGGACAUCAAGUCUGCAUCAAAGGCACAUAAUGCAGAGCACGUGCUGGACGAACGCACGCUUACAACCGAGUAUUAUGAGCCAGCAGCGAUACCUUCGGCUGCAGGAGCGCCUUCGGCCGGCUCAUCCCCUGCCGGUUCAGGCUACUCAGGUUCUUCGUCCUCCGUGAAUUCUACCCCUGCUCCCGCUUCCGUGUCACGCUACCACUUAUCUGGCGGAGAAGAUAGUUCGAGCAAUACAUGUCCAAUAGCAGCUUCGGCGGCUGCCCCAGCUACGUGGCGUGGUACUAAUGACAGCGCGACUGAAUAUUGUCGUCGUGGUAACACUCCCGCCGCAUACGGCAGGUAUCAGCGCAACAACUCCACUGCUCCGUAUUCCACUCCACCAUCAAAUGUUGAAAGAACAACUCCCCAUCAUCGCUGGUAUGCAAGUAGCGAUAGAGUCGCUGGCGCGACUGGUGGUGAAAGCACACCUAGCACUCCUGGUGGCGGUACUGAAGGGGGGCGGCGGCGACGCAACUCUGGUUCCGGCUCGUCACGUUCCGACUCUAGUUCGCCUGAGCCAAGUGAUACUUCACGUGCCUCAACACCAGCCACCCAAACGCCGUUGUCUCAUCACAUCAACCAUCGUACGCCACCGUCCUUACAACAUCAAUGGGCGUCAACAGCGAGUGGUAGACCUUUGGCUAUCUGUGUGCGGAAUCUUCCGACACGAUCUACAGAUAGUUCUUUGAAGGACGGACUUUACCAUGAAUACAAGAAACAUGGGAAAGUAGUAUGGGUUAAAGUAGUGGGUCAGAACGCCGAUCGCUAUGCUGUGGUGCGUUUUAAAAAGCCAUCUGACGUGGAGAAGGCAUUGGAAGUAUCACAGGAUAAACUUUUUUUUGGCUGUAAAAUCACCGUCGCGCCUCAUCAAAGCUGUGAUGAAGAUGCGGAUUCAGCUAAACCUUACGAGACUGAUAUCGAUGAAUACCACCCGAAGGCUACAAGGACGCUAUUUAUCGGUAACUUAGAAAAAGAUGUAACGCAACAGCAACUCCGAGAAAAGUUCAAACACUUCGGAAGAAUUAUCGAGAUUGAUAUAAAAAAGGGAAGCAGUGGUGGUGCUGGAUAUGCCUUUUGCCAAUACGCUUCUAUUUCGAGUGUCGUGGAGGCCAUACGAGCCAUGGAUGGUGAAAACGUCGGAGGCUCACGCGUGAAACUUGGCUUCGGCAAACCCGUUGCAACUACAUGCGUAUGGGUCGACGGUCUUACAGAACAUACGGAGAAGCAGGUGCUGAGCGCGGUGUCACGGUGCGGUGGUGCCACGUCGGUGUGCGUGGACCGGGCGGCGGGCGCAGCACUGGUGCACUUCGAGCAGGCGGCAGCGGCGGGCGCAGCAGUGCGGGAGUUGCGCCGCGUGGCUGCCGCCGUGUCGGCAGCUGAGCCUGACCACCCGCGCCUCUGUGUCGAUUACGCUUCACGCGAGUGUCAGGAGGCGUUUUACGAACAAUUGGAGAAGCAUGGAGGUUCAGCGGCGUUGACGGGUUCUGAAAGACUGAGUGGGGAUCUUACAACGCGAUAUCUUCCAUCUGCACGUCAUGAACCCAUUCGGUUUGACGGGACUGGGUCUCGAUCGAGAGCUUCAAGCUACGGUCGCGGAUCGUCUAGAACUCCACGCUAUUCAACACUAGAACACUACGAUCCGGCGGAUUAUGCUGCCGAUCGACGGUACAGGGUAUAUGAUGAUGUAGGAACCAGCCCACAAACCGAAGAUACGCCUUACGAGGAAAAGCUACAGUCUGUGGUAGUGUCGCCUCACCACGCACGGCGCCAUCGACGUGACUCUAGUCCUGACGACAGGAAGCACUCCAAGGAGCGGCACCGUAGCGUGGGCACUACUCGACGUUCUCGGUCGGGAUCCCGCGGCGGCGAGAGGCACGGGGCGCGGCGCCGCCACCGCCGGCGCCGCGACGGCUCGGGCUCGCACUCGCGCGCCGGCACGCCGCUGCGCGACGAGCCCGACGCGCCGCCCGCCGAGCCGCGCCGCGCGCCUCGCGAGCGCCCUCCGUUACCCAUGAGUCUGCCUUUGCCCAAAUUCGCCGUCCAGCUCAUGCGCAACGCGCCCACCACUCCCCGGCCUUCCCCCGCGCCUGCGCCUGACUCGCCGCCACGUCCGCCGUCCGUCUCUUCUUCGAGUGGUGGUUCUGCACCGCAUUCGCCAUCGCUGGAGGAGCGCAUACGCAGCCUCGAUGAAAAGCUCAAUGGAUCGCGAGCGCCAGUCGACGUUCCCGACCGCGCACGUCUUCGGCACCGGCUGCUCGACGUCGAUAUCAACGAGGUAAAACCAUCAGAGGUUGUCCGCUCGUUACUUGCGAAACGUUCCGUUUUCGACGAGGAUUCUGAGCGACUCGAAGGUGCCGGUCGCGCGCCUAGUCCAGGUAGCAGCCCUCGUGGGCGUAUUUCGGCACCCACGCCACGCGCGCUUCGCUACCCGUUCCCGGCACACCCGCCACCCCCGGCGCCGCCGCCGAGCGCGGCCGGCGACGCGGAGGCGGGCGCGGCCGAGCCCGGCGCCGCGCGGCCGCCGCCGAGCCUCGAGCCCCGCGGCCGCCCGCGCACUCCGCCGCCGCCGCCACCACCGCCAGAGCCCGAAUCUGAGCCUGAUACUGAUCCUAAGCUACGACCUGACCAGAUCGACACUGGGCCUCUAUUUGAAAGUGAUACGAAGUUAACCGAGAGGCGAGAAGAUUAUUUUUUGGGUGAUCGGGAAGGCGGGUCAUUGGUCACGACAAGCAGAAAAGAAGACAUUACUGAGGGUAAAGAAGUUGAUCUUACUUGCCGGGAAAGUAAUAAGAACUAUUCAAUUGCUGCUGCUGGUCUAAAUAACAAAACGAGUGACGUUACCGAUAGUCAGCCUACAGUGAUUGAUAAUAAACAGUUAAAACCUGAUAUAGUCAACCAAGAGGAGACAUUAAACAGCUCUUUUGCCUUUCAUUCGGAAGAUAACAGUGCUAAAGAAGUUAUGGAAAUGCUAUUGAAACGGGUAGAGAAAUUUAAUGAGGGUCAGAAAUUUGAAACGCAAGUCGAGACCACGUCUAAAUAUAAUAAAGAGAUUGGAAAAACAGAUUAUCACAAACACGAUGAUAGAUUUAAACUUGAUACCAAAAGCCAGUUAGAUCAGUUUUGCUCAACAGAUAAUCAUAUUAGCAAGGACACCCAUGAAAACCAUAACACCAAAGAUUUUAUUGAGUUUGAAAUGCAGCAAAAUCAUUUGAAUACAGUCAAUUCUAUUAAAUCGGUUAAUUCAGAAGUCAAACAAGAUAUUAUAAAAAUUGCUGAAAAAGUUUUCAAGGAUCGACAGAAUCAUCACUACCAUAUGGCUAAGCUUGAAAAAGAAAAUAUUCAAUAUGAAAAGCCUACAGAAAAAGAAAGAAGUAAUGUUGCUUUACUUGAUAAAAAAAAUGCAGAAUCUGAUAAAAAUCACGAUGAAAGAGUACGAUUAGAUCGUGAUAAGAUAAGACACUGCAAGGAUAGAGUUCAAGAAAAAGAUAAAUCUGAAACCGAAAAAUUAAAAUGUAGUAAAUCUGAAAGAAAUUCUGAUAAAGAUAAAAAGUCAAAAGAAGAGCAAUUUCAUGAAAAAAAUGUAACCGAUAAAAACAAACUCGAUAGGGAAGCAGAAAGACACCAGAAAGAAAAAAAUGACAUCGAAAAAGUUAAACAUAGCGAAGAAAAAUCUUACCGACAUGACCAUCACAAAAAAAGUGACAGAGACAAAAGAAAGGACUCUGUAGAUAUUGAUAAUUCAUCUGCAAAAGUUAAAAAAGAUGAUAAACACAAACACGAUCGAUCCAGGAAGGAUAAUGAUUCAAAACGAGAAGCUAAAAAAGAAUCUGAAUCUGUAAAACAUCGAAAAUCCUCCAGAGAUGAAACGUCUAGGGAACUAUGUCGAAAAGAUUCUACUGAUUCGUCGACAUCUAGGGCGUCGCAUGAAUCAUCCAAACUUAAAGAUUUAGAAAUAAUUGAUGCGAAGGAUGACCUAAAAUCAAAGUCGAAACACACUGAACAAUUUGCGAAACAUGACGGCGAUAAAGAAGCACCUUCAAAGUCUGAUAUCAAAGAUGAAAAAGAUACAGCCAACCAAAAUAAACAUGAUGUAGCUGUAGAACAUAACACUAAAUCGAAAGGUGAAAUGGGUGAAAAACAAAGACAUUAUUCUCUAGACUCGCCCAGUGUAGACAGUAAGCGGAAGGAACGUUUAAACUCAUGUUCAAGUCUGCCAUCUAACAUUGGACAUAAGCGGAGAAUGUCUUCUCAGGAUAGUGUUGAUAUAUUUAAUGAAGAUGUCAAAAAAUGUAGGAGUGAUACAAAAAUUUCGGAACGAAGGGAUUCUAAAGAGUCACGGUCCGAUAAUCGACAUAAAACUGCAAAAUUUAGCAAAGGCCAUUUUGCGAAGAUAAUCGAAAGCAAAACAAAAGAAGACAAGAAAAAUCAGGUUAAACCGCCGGAUGAUGGCUAUAUUGAAAGCAAGACUACUGAGUCCAAGGACUCCAAGAUUGCAGACAAAAACAAAUCUUACAAAAAGACCGGAGACGAUGAAAAUUAUGAGAAACCGAAUACGGAAAUAAGUACAGAAGGUCUGCAAAAUGAUUUGGAUUUUCUUGCUACAUUAGAGUUGCGUUCAAGUGAAGAAGACGAAAGGCAAAGAGCUCUCCGUAAAGAGAUGAAAGAAAAGAAGAGAAUUCAACAAUUACAACAAAUUCAGGAAUUACAACUGCAACGGGACGCGUUACAACCAACUGAAUUUAUGGGUAAGAGCAAAGAUGAUAAGAAAAAGUGUGAUGAGAAAAAGAAAGAAAUCGCUCGUGAAAAACGAAUGUCCACGGAUCGUAAGAGCCGAGAAGAAAAAAUCGAUCACAGUAAACGCAAAAGUCGCAAACCUGUGCAUAGCAGUGAUAGUUCUGAUUCCGAUGAGCCCAAAAAACAUUCAAUCUUUGACAUAAUCGAUGACGGGCCGACUUAUAUAUCUAUGUAUGAUAAAGUAAAAGCUCGUUCGUGUAAAAAUAUGCAAAAACAAGAAGAGGAAAAACGUCAAGAAAAAAUUAAGGCUAAGUUUAGUCAGUUAAAACAAAGCAGAGCAAAACGAGAGGAAAAAAAGAGAUCCAGUUGGGACGAAGAUAGUGAUUCCGAUCAAGAUAGGAAAAAAUAUCUAUCGAUGGAUAACUCUUCUGAGGAUGACCUAGUAAUACACACAAAAAAACGUGAGAAAUCACAUCGUUUCGAUUUUGAGCCUAAUAAAACUGAUGAGUUUUGUGAUGGGAGCACCAAUGAAGAAGAUUUGCGUAAUAAAUUGUCGCGGAAAAACUCCAGAACUCGCAUUAUAUCUGAUACUUCUGAUGACGAAACCUCCAAAAGAAGCAUAAGCAAAAGCCCUUCUUUCCUCGAUAACAUAAAAAAAGAAUUGUUGUCUGAUUCCGAAUCUAUACCAAGAAUAAAACUGGAUGAUCUCAAAGAAUCGAAUGAAAUGCUUGCAAAGAAGAAUUCUCUACUAAACCUGUUUGGGAAGAGUGACAGCGAUGACAGUAAAGUUAAGUUAAAUCUUGAAAAAGAUAAUUGGUUUAAAUCCAGUUAUCUCAAAUCAAUGUGCAAUGAGUUUUCGUCUGAAAGUGAGUCGACGUGUAAUAAAAAUUCUGUAGAAAGCCGUAGGAAACAUAAGAAGAAGCAGAAAAAACAUAAACCCACAUACUCUGACGAUGAAAAAGGUGAAAACAAUGAAACUAAUAUACUGGAAGCAUAUAAACAUAAAAAUAUUGAAAAACAACGUAGGCACAGCAAUAAAAAAGAUAAAAGAAAAGACAAAUUGCGUGAAAGUAUUGACACUGAUGACACACGUGAAGAUAAAAAUAAAUUGAAACGAGAAAAAAAAUCUGCAAAUAAUAAUUUUGACAGUAUGACUGAUACAAUUGGCACUGCUAUUAGGAAAGAUGGUAAAAUGGAAGAUAUCUUUGGUCCCUUAUCGGAUGAUUCUGACCGAGACACGCGACCACAUCCGACUCAUAAAUUAGACUAUUCCUCGCAUGAAGUCGAAUCUAAUUUUUGUGCUCACAACUCUGAGUAUAAAAUGAAAGAGAAAGAUGAGAGACGUAAAAAGGAAAAGAAACGCAAAGAAAACCGUUUCUUCAAGGAUGAUGACAAUAGUUUGGAUGUCGAUGCUGUAAGCAAAGCGAUAGAAGCUCGUCUGUUUGCUGAUGGUUUAGUAGACGAUGAUAGUUACCUUAAAGUAGAAACUCUUACUGAAAGUCUCAAUAAAUUUGAAAACAGCGACAUGAAAUAUGCUGAAGGUAACAUCAUAAGUGAAAUAGUUAAGCAUGAAAAAUUAAAAAGGGAAUGUAAAGAGAAAAAAAAGAAGAAAAAGAAAAAUAGAGAAGACCGCCAAAGUCGCAAAGAACACCAUACUUUCUUUCAUCAAGAUAAGGGUGACAAAUCAGAAAAUGUUGUGACUGAGAAUCAAGAAGCUUCAGCUAAAACAUUGCUCUUAGACAUACCUUUGCCCAAUGAUGCCCAAACAGUUAAUAUAAAUAAAAUUGAAACCUGUUCACCUAUGGAAUCGCCAAGUUUACCUAGAUUAACAGACAGUCCUCCAAUUUUAACUCAGUCUAAUGAAAAUGCAGAUCCAAAGAGUAUUGAUUCAAAAAAUGAGAUGAAUGACGGCAUCAAAAUGGAGUAUGUAGAAAGUAAAGAGAUAGAAAUUGAAGAAAUUCCAAUGCCGCCACCAUUUGAAACAAUUCUUACUGAUAUAAGCGAGGUGCCGUUGCCCAAAGAUCCUUUACCCAUGAAACCCAAUAAUAAUACGGAAGAUAGUUUCUUGUCCAGCUUUAGUAGUGAUGGUGAUUCCUGUGAAGAUGCGGUGCGAAAUAUAUCAAGCUCUGAAAAAGAAGGAGAUAAAAGCGAAAAACCAGAACAAAAUUCGGAAGUUGUAGAAAUUUCGCCUUGUAAGUUGGAGAAGAAAACGGAUGAAAAACCUCGAGCUAUUAUUUCUCAGGAAGAAACCGAGGAUGCAGUGGCAGCACUUUUAGGUGAAAGUUUCGGCGGAAAAAUAAAUGCCUUUUCUAGCUGCUAUGAGGAGUCUGAAAAUAACCCAACACAUGAAAAUGAAAUUGAAAUAACAACAAUAGAAAAUGAGAAUAUACCGGAAGAAGACGCCGAAGAAAUGAGACAAGCAGUACAAAAUUUAAAUGCGAGUGAAAUGGAAAUGAAGCCAGACACUCCAGUUUCAGAUAGUGACUUAUUACUGAUAGACACUGACACAGAAGAAACAGAAGAAACAACUCAAGAUGCAAUAGAAAAAUUACCCGUUAAUAUUAUAGCAACAAAUCAAGCUUUGAAUACAAUUGCGGAACAAAAGAAAAAUGUAGAUGUGCCAAAUAAUUUAAUUUCUGAUACAAAAACAAACGUGGUUUCCACUGUAACUACUACAUCUAACGAUUCCAAUGUCAAAACAAAAGAAACAGAUGUCAAAAUACAAUUAGCUAAAAGGGACAAUGUCCAAAUAAUAACGUCUACAGCAACUCCUGUGAUUACAUCCUGGACCCUGACAAAUAAUAAAAUGUUGGAGCCACAUGUUUUAAACAUCCAGUCUAAUGCUAUUUCAAACAGAGAGAAACAUGAGAUAAAACCUAUAACUGCAAAUAUUGUUCAAAUUAAAGCCCCGUCGACCCAGAAUGUGCAAGCAAAUAAUUCUCCUAGACCAAUUGUAGCCCAAGCACGAGUGACAGCUCCAUAUCAGGUCAUUAAUCAGAUGAUUCGCAGUCAGGCUCCUAACAUACAGCCACCAACCAUAAAAAUUCCGGAGCCACACAUUUUGUACCAAAAACCACAAGGUAUCGUAAUAUCACCCCGAAUGUCCAAUGAUCCUAGAAUGCAAAGCCCCAAAGCUAGCUCACAGAAUGAAAGUAUGACAUCACCUAGACUAACGAAUAUGGCUAUUCUAAGUACAUCACCACAAAAUAUUAGCUCAGCUGGAAUGACAUCACCUAAUGCCAUACAACAAAGAUCACCUGGACAAGUUACUGUGGUUCGAAUGCAACAACCUCCGUUAAGCCCCAUUCAAACAAUGCACAUUCCACAUGGUGCGAGAACAAUGUUGUCUCCGAAUAGACCUAAUUCAGUGCUAGUACAAACCCAAGGUACGCCGAUCCAUUUUAAUAGGUUGCCUGUAACUCCAGUUUUGACUCCUAUAUCCAAACAGAUGAAUGUCAACAAUCUUAUUCAACAAAAUAAAGGGAUUUGUGUCUCUGCACCUUUAAUACAUCAGCAAAAAAUCAUAUCAGGGGAAUGUAGAAAGAGUGACCCAAGAAAUGUUACUGAAAAUACAAAUGAAAAUACAAAAAUAAUUUUGUCUCCAACUAAUAUUCAACAUAGCACAAAUCCGACUGUUAUGGCUCAAAACCGUUUGAUAUCAAUGCAAAAUGCAAUACAUGUAAGCAGUAUGAAUACUGUUCAUCUGAAUAAUAAAGUUGUAAUAAGCACUGUCAAUCAAAUAAAUGAUAAAAGAGAAAAUCUGUCACAGAAAUCAGACAAAGUUAAUCAUUUACCUUUUGGUUCAACUCCAAUAAUACACGUUGCUGCUGUGAAUAACACAGCAUCUAUCAUACAAGGUAGUAGCAAAUCCGCACCUAUACAAGAAGCUAGUACGAUAAACAGAAUCCAAGGUUCCAAUGUUAUUCAUUCUUUAGGCUCGCAGAGGCUAAUAACACAAGCACCUCUGUUAAAAAUAGACACCAAAAAAGGACCAGCGUCUGUUCUGUCAAUGGCUACAAUAAGACCACCAUCAGUUCUUGCCAAAUUAGGAUUAUGCACGUCGCCAACUAUGACAACAACUAGUAUUAGUAAUGUUUCGCCAUUAUUACUGAAAACUACUUGCUCAGGGUCUCUAAAAGUGAAUACAAAAUUUGAUAAAGAUAAUAACGAACCAAUGAAGGCCUUGAUUUUACAAAACCAUUCAACAGACAAUGAAUCCAAAGUUGACACAAAAACAGAUCCAGUUAACUCUUCAAUAUCCCUGAGUGAGGAUAGUAAGAAAGAAAAAUCAGACCAGAGAGAAAGAACAGUAGCCAAACCAAUAUUAUCUCCUGUUGAUAUUACUAAGUGUGAGACGGACUUUGAAGAGUUGUUGAAAGAUAAUACAAAUGAGAUAAAAGUGACCAAUGAUCCCGAGAAGAAGUUGGAAAUAAAUGUGGGCAAAACAGUAACAUUAAUAACCGGUAGUAAAGAGAACCGUGACACAAAUUUAACGAAAAACAUAGAUUGUCUGAAGACGGACAAUGAGUUAAAUAAGGGCCAUCCUCAGUUUCCACCUAUGUCAUCGCAAUCUGUUAUCGACAAAGAGAACAUUUCUAGUAAACCCGCAGACAUAGUUAAAGUAUUGCCUCGUGCUGAAAAUAACACGGUAAUGGCAACAUUGCCAUCUGAACCUAUGACCUGUGAAAAGUCGGACGUAUCUGUUAAUAAUGAUAUCAGGAAUACAUCUAGCGAAAGUGAAUCUUCGUUUAAUAUGGAGAAUCUUAUCAAAUCUGAAGAAUCUAGUUUACGCAUAUCAGAGCAAGACGAAUCUAAAAUAUGUAACAGUCCAAUCAAAAAUGAUGAGAAUGAUGAGAAUGAUUCUUGGGGUGGUAAAGAGUUAAAUUUAGAAUCAGUAUUAAAAAAGGUGGAAUCAUUUUGUAACGAAGCAGAUGAAUCUAUUAAAAAAACAGACGAAGUGGGUGACGAUGUUGUUGAUCCCAUAAAAGCUAGCUCGAACAUAACGGAUAAUAUAAUGAACCAUACUCCACAUAUAAAAUCAACAAAUGUUAGUAAUACACCAAUCGAUAAUAUCUUAGAAAGUAAAAUAAUUGAAGAGAUUUUGCCUGAUAAAACUAUAACCGCAGCUACGACCAAAAGAGGGGGUCGUAAUGUAAGGGGCAGGAAAAUGGAUAAAAAUCAAGACAGAGUACAGACUCGGCAAAUUUCUAAACCUUCAAGAGGUGGUACGUCUUCAAAAAGAGGUAGAGGUAGAGCUAAAGUUGACAAGAAAGUAAAAACAUUUGUUAACAGUGGAAGUAAUAUGCCAGGAGACGUUUAUGAUUUUCACGAAGAUUCUGGGGAUGAAGCAGCCACAUCGCCUAAUAAAACUGAAACAAGGCCGAGGUUGAUUUUAACCAUCAAGAGUCCACUCUCAGGACAUUCCUCUAUGACUGCCACUUCGACGCUCAGCAUAGCUCAAAAAGAACAAAUGAAAUUUAUUGAAAAAAAUAAAGAAGAGAAAAACGAAGACUUUAUUACACCAUCACCAAAUACUCGCAAAUCUAGAAGGCUUCAGGAGAAAGACGUUCAACGAAGCACAGUAGACGAUGUAAUAGAUGACGUUAUAAAGGGUCCCGUUGGUCAAACAAAAAUUGGAAAAGAAACUAAUAAAAAGCGGCCCACAAGACAAGCUGUUGUGAAAGCGAAUCAGGAAAAGUCUCCGGGGUUUGACACAACACGGAAAUCGCCACGCGGUGCUAAACGCAUUAGAGACAGAAGCUUAUCGGAUGCAUCCAUGGAUAGCGGCGACGAGAGAAACAUCAGAGAUUGCGUUCGUGAACCAAAGGCUCCACGUCUCGACGAAACUGCGACAGAACCGGAACCUGCGGCCGCGCCGCGCAGCGCGCGCGCAGCGCCGGCCGGCUGCGUGCCGGCCGCCGCCUGCGUACCGGCCGCCGCACCCGAGGCGCCGCCCGCGCCCGCGCCGCCGCUGCUGCCGGCCCCGCACGCCCCACUGCUGCCGGCUCCGCACGCGCCGCUGCUGCCCGCCCCGCACGCGCCGCUCAACACGCCUGCGCCACACUCUACGCCUACGCCUAUUACAAAACCACAAAAGAUGAUCUCCGAGAUCAGCGCCAAACUUGCGGGCACUUUCGACGCAGUCGUCACGGCGGCUCCCAACGAACGGCCGGCGGGCGAGGCUCCGUCGUCGCCCCUGGCGCAGGGCGGCGCGGAGCCGGCGCGGCGGCGGCUGGGCGACGGCGUGCCGGGCGCGCUGGUGCCCGUGGGCGCCACCGAGGCGUCGGACGCGCGCGUGCAGUCGCCGGCGCUGCCGCACUGCGGCGAGCGCGCCACGCCGCUGCUCAUCCGCUCCGUGGCGCGCGCGCGGCCGCCCGAGCGCGCGCCCGACGCCUUCGACGAGCGCCCCGCCGACGCCUUCCGCUACGCCGCCACCGCCUCGCUGCCGCGCGGCGCGCACCACCCGCCGCACCCGCCGCCCGACCACCACCUCAAGCAGGUGGCCGUGGUGGGCCCGCACCACCACCAUCCCGGUGCGGCUUCUAGAGUUACUAUUGCGAGUGUGCCAUCAAUCAGUCCGCAAGGUCAAAUAGGAAUGGGCGACGGGAUGUAUCCUCAUUUUUCUCAUCAACAUUACCAAAUGUAUCAGCAACAUUUCCGAGCCACACAGCACGAAACUCGAGCUACACCUUCUCCAUAUACAAGGUCUCUAGAAGCCGAAGGGUCGGAGGCGCCCACGCCGCCGCUGGAGCUGCGGCGGCCGCGCGCGCGCCGGCCCGCCUACGCCGCCGGCUGCGGCCGCUCGCCGCCGCCCGCGCACGCCACCCGCCCCGCCGGCGCGCUGCCGCCCGGCGCGGGCCCGGCGCCCGGCCCGCCGCACGCCUCGCAGGUGCCGCGCGAGGCCGACUCGCUGCAGAUGCUGCUCCGGCGCUACCCGGUCAUGUGGCAAGGGUUGUUGGCACUUAAAAACGACUCGGCCGCCGUUCAGAUGCACUUUGUAGGCGGCAACCCGGGCGUCGCGGGCGACACGCUGUCGAGACACGCGGACGGCUCGACGCCGCUGUUGCGUAUUGCUCAACGGAUGCGCUUAGAGCAGCCGCAGCUGGACCAAGUGCACCGCAAGAUGAAGAUGGAAAACGAGCACUGCAUGCUCUUGGCUUUGCCGUGCGGUCGUGACCAUAUGGAUGUACUACAGCAGUCUACUAACCUUACUGCCGGCUUUAUUACAUAUCUCCAGCGCAAACAAGCUGCUGGGAUCGUAAACAUAGCACCGCCCGGACAUCAUCAGGCCAUGUUCACAGUUCACAUCUUCCCUUCGUGUGAGUUCGCUAAUGAGAAUUUAAACCGUAUCGCACCAGACCUGAUGCAUCGGGUUGCAGACAUCGCACACUUACUUAUUGUUAUAGCUACUGUUUGAGGUAUGCUCUAUGAUAUUGAAUACAAUUUCGCAAGAAGAUUUACAAACUUGUGGAAAGCUAAAACUUGACGAAUCAGUCCUGAUCUUAUUCAUGGACUCACUCUGGACAUGACGCAUUUAUUCCUUAAACGUUUGCUUCAAAUAUUAUAUGAAGACAUUAAACCGUCAUCGAUUUAGUCGAUCUUAAGAAGGCAUUGUAAAUACGGCCAGGUUGUGAAAUUUUUAUCUUCAUUUUUAUUGUAGUAAUAGAUCGACCUGGUAGGAGUAAAUAUUGAAGUAACUAUAGAUUUUUUGUCAUAUUAACAGUGACAAAACUUCUGAGGAAUUGAGUUGUAAUACCUCUGAGAAAGUGAACUCUCUAGGUGGUAAUGAAACUUGAGUUUAUUUAUUGUUAUCGCGUAUCGCGGCGUCGUCUCUGACGGCUCGGGAUCCCCACACGCGCCUGUAUAAAGUCUCACAUAGAUAAGCAGCCGUCAGUUAUUUAAGUACUAGAUAUAAGUCAUAGCUUAUUCAUUGUAAAAUACUUUUGUUAUGGUCGACUGGGUUCGACGAUGUUCGGAGUUUAAAUUUUUAAAAAAUAAUGAUAGAUGGCAAAGUCAGUUGAUAAAUAUAUUUAAUUUUGGGUUCUGAUUAGAUGAGUGGCAAUCUAUCGAGCAUUUUUAUUGUUAGUGUAAAUUGUUAUUUUGUUUUAAGCGAAUUAGGUCUAAAAUAAUUUAAAUUUUGUAAAUAUCGAAUCUAUCCGUACUAAAGUUCGAUUUCGCUUAGGUCAUUACGGUAGGUAAUGGAAACUCAUGAAUACUGGGUCGAAUGAUUACUGUUUACUUGUAAAAAUCAUAGUUACGUAGUUAAGUUAUAUAAGAUAGUAAGGGAAAAAUACAUGUGGAAAAUAAACUGUGAUUCUGACUUUUUAAUGUAGACUGUAGGUAGCCCUAUUUUAUGGAGCAUAGAGUGCAGUGUGCUACUAAGCGAACGCGCAUAGACGGCGCGUACGGCCUCGCCUUUAGCGAUAUCGGAAAUAUGUUCAAUACUGUUCUGAAAGACUAUCUUUUGAAUUAGCUAUAUAACAGUGCGAAGUCAUAUUAUUCUUUGAUUUAUAAACUACUAAAAAUUUAUCGCAAAAAUGAUGAUCAUAUUUUGUUGUGAUUUUUAUAUAUUAAUAGAAACUGCGUUUUCAGUAUGACAAUUGUAUUAUAUCAAACUAUUAUGCCAAUGUCAUAAUUUUCUGCAGUUGUAAUAGUUCACUAAAAGACUUCGCAUAUUUACGUAGGUAUAAACUUCAUUCAAUUGCAAAUGUAAACAUAGAUUAAUAAAUAUAUAGUAGGCGGUAUCAUUGCAAUAUCGCCUUUUAUUAAAAAAAGGCUAUCCCAGCGAUUAUUGUUUGUGUAUUGGCUUUGCGUCGCUUCUUUCUUCGUAACGGUGUGAAGAUCGAAUGUGAACUACUGUUACGAGGUGUGAAGCGUUGCUUGGAGCAUGGCAGACUUCAAACAAAUGAGUGCUUGACAGUUAUUGUAUUAGCUGAAGUCAAAAGAUCCUUAAAAAUGAAUGACCGAGUAAUUUAGUGUUGAUUCGCCGCGGUUUCAACGCGUCCAAAGCUGCAUUACUUCCCGAACUCGUAUAAAAAGGACCUCUUGUCUAAGUUAGUCCCCGUUUCCUUGAUAUUAUAUUUUUUUGCAUAGAUAUGCGAGCUUGGAAUACUUCUGUGCUCAGCGAUCAUAAUACAAAUUAGUUAAUAAAGUUACACAUUUAUUUUAUUAUUUAUUUAGUCAGUUAACGUGUCCGAGGUGUAAGAAUAUUGCGGUGCGUCGCGGCUUUUUCAUAUUUAAAUAUUUUUUAUUAGUUAAUGAUGACCUUUAGGUAGAAAAAUAUGCAGAAUAAAUUAUUACUAUUUGGUCACGAAUACAUAUAUCAUAGUAUGUAUAUCUUUCUAAAUAUUAAUAAAUACAAUAACUCGUAUCAAUUACACCAUUUUUAAAUGAAAAAUGACUGAACCGGUUUGGCUGAAAUUUCAUAAAGAAGUAGCUUAAAACUAGGGAUACACAUGGCUUUUUGAUCCCAUCCGGGUAAAGGAAGUAGAUCAUCGAGACACGGAUGAAACCGCUGGCGGAGGCUUGUUGUUAAUUAGAAUAAAUCGAAAGCACGAUACAUGUAACAUUCCUUAAAGGCACAAUAACGGAUUGGCAUUCUUUUGGUUGAAUGAAUCAGUCGUACAGCAGCCAGCUGAUGUACGUCGAGCGCCUGCCCAUACAGUGUCGACGUAUUCGGAUCUCAUUGCUGCUUUAAUUGCGGGCCGCCGCUCAGGUUAUCUCUAUUUGUACUCGCCAUCCUCAUUUGCCGCUGUUCACUUGCUUUUUCAAUAAGCGAUUUUUGUACUUAUAACGCAUAAUGAUAAAAAUAUGUUUUAGAAAGCUUCACUUGAUAACUUUCAAUACAUUUAAACUAACAAUAUUGUACUUCUCAUAAUUUAAGUUCUAGUGAUAUUGCCACUUUCUGAUUCGAGUAGAAGGCAUUUCACAUAACUUGCAUUAUUAUUAUAGUUAGAUAAUGGUGCGACUGUGCUGUCGUACGUAAAAUAAAGUACAAAAUAUUUUAUGUAUUGUAAUUUUAUAAAGUACGAUAUAAAUUUAUAGCACAGGUAAUAUUAUUACGUAUAUUCUUUUUAAGGUUAAAACUAGAAUGUAUAAAUAUGAAUAAUCAUAUUGUUUGUCAUAUUUCCGUCGCAAACAGUUCUUAACUUGGCUAGGAGGAACACUAACGAACUCAUCACUUCGUCCAUUAAUUUUAAAAUAUCUAUAAUUUUACUAGCAAACAGAUGCCCAAUGAUGUACACUCUUAUAAAAUCAUAUUUAAACUCCUUAUGAAGGAGGUUAAUGUAAAUAAGUUUUCAUGAAUAAUAGUGAUAAAUAUGACGGUAUUUAGACACGCUAUUAAAAUAUGAUGUAAGAAACAUGCGAAUUAUAAAUUACUAAUUUAUUGCGUGAAAAUAUUUACUUCUUUUUGUAACAGGGGUGUAGUUAUUUUCUAAGUUGUGUUAAAUAAGUUCAUUUCUUCGUAUUAUUAUUUUCAAAUCCUUUCUGUUGUAUACAUUGAACCAAAGCUGAAUACUUAAGCAUUGCUUAAGUUUGAGUGUUACUUGAUUACUUACUGUAGCAUGAUGAAUACUGUGCUAAUUCAGUAUAUAAAAGUCACUUAAAAUUGAGUAUUGUUUAGUGUUUGAUUAUGCAUUUGUAACUUAAUUUGUGAACCAACCUUUAAAAUAUUGACAACAAUCUGCCUAGAUAAUAAUUACAUCCUUAAGAGGUAUGCUGAAAAUGUCAAUUAUUAAUACUAAAAUGUAUCAGAAUAUUAUGCAUAUUCCGAAAUUAUUUUUCGUUUUUCAAAAACAUUUACACAGUUACACACUUAACUGCAUGUGAGAAGUAUAAUAUAGUUUUGUUUAUUUAUGAUAUUGAGGCUAACCUCAAAGUGGUCCCACUUCGCAGUGGCUUCAAGUUGGUUUGUUGGGGCCACGGCGACGUCGGGCCCAGAAUUUGGCUAAAAUGUUUUAAUUCUGUUCAUGAAGUGGUUUUAUGAGGAUGGGACGGUUAAACUUCGGGCCUCCUUCGCUUGCGACUGUUGUCGGUGUGUGAGAUGAUAGUUUAAAUAUUGUAAAAAUAACAUUUGAUCUCAAGUGUGCAGCAAAAGUGAACGUGAGUUAGAUUGUUGUAGAGCAACAGUCGCGUGCGGACACGACCCGAUGCCAGUGUGCUCGAUGUUGGUUUGAACUCUAACAGAGCGUACGUAUAGAAAAAUAUUGUGAUCAUAAUUAUAUUAUAGUUUUAAAGCUAGUAUAUAAAGAUAAUUGUAUAUUUUGUAAAUAUUGAAAAUAGUAUUGUAUCUUUACUUCCCUUAUCCAAACAACCCAGAAUCCUGUGUGUUAUGUACCUCCUACCUACCAAUACUAUUAAAAAAAAUAUUACAUAA